ACGUGUGUGUGCGGAAGGAGGGGGAGCCAGGCAGGUGGUCACGUGACGGUGGUGAGUGCCACUGCUGCUUUGUGAGCACAUUGGGCAGAUUUUCUAUUUUGUACAUACAUUGUUUUGUAUAUACUGUAUAUGAUGACUUCGGUGGUCAGUGAACGUACCCGGGGUACUAGGGACAAAAUGCAAAUUUCAACCUCUCAUCCAACACAACCACAGAAACAAGUAGUACAGGCAACAGCAGAACAGAUUCGCCUUGCUCAGAUGAUCUAUGAUAAGAAUGACACAGAUUUUGAAGAUAAAGUGAAACAACUUAUGGAAGUGACGGGGAAAAACCAGGAUGAGUGCAUAGUGGCACUACAUGAUUGUAAUGGGGACAUGAACAGAGCAAUUAACAUAUUGCUGGAAGGAAGUUCAGACACGACUUCUUGGGAGACUGUAGGGGGAAAGAAGAAAAACCUUGGAAAAGAAGGUUUGGAAAACAAAGAGAACAGAGAGAAACGAGGGGACAGAGAAAUGAGCCGUGGAUGGGGAAGUUCCAACAGAUGGGGAAGAGGAGGCAACCGUGGCCGAGAGUUCAGAGCUGAAGAGAAUGGAGUGGACAACAGUCAAGGAGACAGGCCUUCAGACCGUGGGAAACGUAGCCGUGGGAGAGGGUUUGGACGUGGCAGAGGGAGAGGAGCAGGGAGGUUUUCAACCCAAGGCAUGGGGACAUUUAAUCCUGCAGACUAUAUGGAGUCUUCUGCCACUGAUGGCUUUGGGACAAGAUCAGAGGUUUGGGAGACUGGUCAGAAUGAUGCAGAUGAUGGAACUGGAGCAUGGAAAAACUCAGUAGAAGAAUGGACUGCAGAAGACUGGAAUGAAGAUCUUUCUGAAACAAAAGUCUUCACUGCUUCCUCUGUUCCAGCUGAGAAUCAUGUGACUCCUAGGCAAAGCAUUGAUUUGGUAACACUGCUUCAAAAGCCUGAAAAGCCUGUGACCCUUACCCAAGAGACAAAAGGCCACUCGUUUGAGGCUCCCCAGCAACAAACCUUUGGCCAAGCCCUGGUUUUCACAAAUUCUCAGCACAGCACCCAGAUGGCAUCAGGAAAUGGCAGCUCCAGUGCUGUAAACUCUUAUUCUCCUCAAAGUCUGUCUGCAGUUCUUUGUCCUGGCUUUCGAGAACGUGGGUCUCCUAAACUGACAAACUCUACUGGAUCCCAAAUCUUGGACCAAUUGAAAUCCCCAAGUUUGGGUCAGUUUACCUCUCAACAAAACAAUAAUAGUUCUACUACCACUACCGCAUCAUCCUGGGAUCAAAACCCGCCCAUUACCCAGGCUUCAGUCCUUAGUCAGUUUGACUUGAAAUCGCAGCCUCAACCAUCCCCAGUUCUAAUCCAUCUGACCCAGCGGCAGCAACAACAAACACAGACAGCCCCUGUUCCUCCUCCUGGGCUGGAGUCCUUCUCCCAGGUAAAACUCCACAAGCCAUUACCAGUAGACACCUCUACCGCUGUUAGCAAAAUGUUACAGCUCCCCACUAUAUCUAUGGAUAACCAGGAAGUGACUGCCCACCAAACCCAGCAGAAGCAGCUAAAACCACCAAAACGGAGGAUAAUUCCAGCAUCCAAGAUUCCUGCCUCAGCAGUGGAGAUGCCUGGAUCAGCAGAUGUGACAGGAUUAAAUGUUCAGUUUGGAGCUAUGGAGUUUGGAUCAGAGCCUAUGCUCACAGAAUUUGGAUCAACUUCAAGCAGUGAGAAUACCAGCCAGGCAACCAACAAUAGCUUGUACACAAAAUCUGUCAAUGAUCCUUUGAAUACCUCUCUGCCAAUAUCCAAUACAGUACAGGAGUCCACCUACACAACCUCUGCUGUCAGCUCUUCCAGUGUGACCUGCUCAUCCCAGAGCACCAGCCCAGUAACAACUUCCUCCUAUGAGCAGACUUCUGCGCUUAGUAGGAUAGUGUAUGAAAGUUCCAUGGCUCCAUCUCAACCAACCCCUGUUGCAGUUACAAAUGGGCACAACAGUGUUAGAACACAGGCAACUCUUGACACUACUUCAUCAGUUCCUGUGCUUAAGACAGAACCUUCUCCCUCACUACCUUCUGCUGGUUCUCUGCCCAGCAUGGUGUCCACUACUGCUUCACUUCUGCCUUCAGCAUUGCAGCAUGCAGGAACUUUGCCCAGCUUGCCUCAGUCCAGUGAUCUGGCCAGCAGCUCACUCUCACAGUUAAGCAGCUCCCUUUCCAAUCAUCAGAGCGGCCUCUCCUCUGCCUCAGUGUUGUCUUCAAGCACAUCACAUGUGCACACUAGUGUUGAGAACACAACUUCACUUCAGCCUUCAACAACUUUUUCAACUGCUUCAACCUCAGCCACUAGCACCACCUCUUCGGUUGUCAGCAUGGCAAGCAGUAUGAACACUACAGCUAGCCUUGGCCUGAGUGUUACCAGUGUGUCUGCUACCACACGGGCAGCUCCCUUAAUGUCUUCAGGCAAAGCUCCCCCAAAUCUGCCUCAAGGUUUAUCACCCUUGUUGCAUAACCAGUAUAUUGUGGGACCUGGAGGACUUCUGCCUGCCUACCCACAGAUUUAUGGUUAUGAUGAUCUCCAGAUGCUUCAACCCAGGCUGCCAAUGGAUUACUACGGAAUUACAUUUCCUGCUCCUGCAACCUUGACAGGCAGAGAUGGAAGCCUUGCUAACAACCCCUUCUCAGGUGACGUAACAAAAUUUGGCCGUGGGGAUUCUGCCUCCCCUGCUCCUGCUACUACGCUCACUCAGUCACAGCAGAACCAGACUCAGACUCACCAUACAACUCAGCAGCCAUUCCUCAAUCCGACCCUGCCCCCAGGGUACAGCUACACUGGGUUACCUUAUUAUGCUGGUGUGCCCGGUGUUCCGAGUGCAUUCCAAUAUGGGCCAACCAUGUUUGUACCUCCAACAUCUGCUAAACAGCAUGGAGUCAACCUGAACACCACGUUGACUCCUUUUCAGCAAGGGAGUGGCUAUGGGCAGCAUGGCUAUGGGGCAGGCUAUGAUGACUUAACACAGGGAACAGCAGCUGGAGAUUACAGCAAAGGAGGCUACAGUGGGUCAUCUCAAGCACAAAACAAAUCUGCUGGCACUGGACCUGGGAAAGGUGUUUCUGUGACCUCAAGUAACACGGGUGUGCCUGAUAUCAGUGGCUCAGUCUAUAACAAGACUCAGACAUUUGACAAACAGGGAUUCCAUGCUGGCACACCACCUUCUUUUAGCCUACCCUCUGCUCUCGGAUCAACUGGGCUGAACCCUGCUGCUGCCCCAGGUUAUGCUCCAGCCCCAUUUCUCCAUAUCCUCCCUGCACAUCAGCAGCCUCAUUCCCAGAUGCUGCAUCACCACCUUCAGCAAGAUGGGCAGGGUGGAUCUGGCCAACGCAAUCAACCCAGCACCAUGCAGCAAAAGUCUCAGGCUACCAAAACCUAUGGUACUUCUCCAUACUGGACAAACUAAAUCCAAAACUGGGGAGGGGAGAGAGAAUGAGAGGAGGCAAAAAAAAAAAAGAGAAAAAUAAAAAGCUGACCCCCAUUCCUAGAAUUAUUAGGAGAAAUUACUGCUCAGCCAAACAUCUGUGGGGGAGAACUGCAGCCAGGCAGCCAUUCUCAGUGUGACUUGCCUGCUUCCUCUUGAAGUUGCUGUUGUAUGUAAUAUAUUUAUAUAUGUAUUUGUAAAUGCAAUAGAGGCUAAAUGUUGUUUUCUGCA